CACUAGUCACGCAGAAACAGUUUUGUGUUUGAGCACUACUCUGCACGAGAUCAGGUUGUUUACACGAUGUCUUCCGAAGACGUUGAUGAUAAAUUCUGCGAAGGGGGAGCGGAAUCUCAGCUUGAUGGAGAAGGGGGAGCCGAUGAAACGUUUGCGAAGGAAAAUGGAGCUGAAGGUGACGAAGACAAAGGUUCAAACGAACAUGAGGUAUUGAAGAAGGACAAUGAGGAAGGUAAAGGGGCAGAGAAACGUAAUGCACUCACUGAGGGAAAAAGUGGCGGAGACAAUCAGAGAGGGAAAAACAAACAUGUUCGCGAAUCUGUAAAUAUAGCGCCCGCUAAGCAGGAAUUAACUAACCCAGACCUAAAAGAAGGCAUAGAAAAUCAGACAACAGAUGAAGAGAAAUCAGGUUCUGAGAAAGAUCAACAACUGAAAUUUAUCCACAGCUCGAAUCCCAGUACCAAGUCGCAGUCAAGGUAUAUUUCCCUCAUGGGAAUUUUCCUUGUCACCGCAAUGGCAUGUAUUGUUGUAGCUAUCUACCUUGGACCUCCUAACAACGACAUGAUGAAGCCUGACUUUGAUCUGGAGAAAGUCUUUGGAAAUGGGCUUGAAAAGUUACAGUUGUCAUUCACUAAUCAGACCGAACGGUUCUGGAAGAUUUUAGGAAAUCGCGGAAAGGCUCAUCUACGGAAUAAGGAUCCCUCACAACCACUGGUGUUCUUACUUGCUGCACCUCCAGCAGCACAUGAAUACGUGGAUUGCCUGGCCAUUAAACUAGCAGAAAUGCUGGAUCCAAGUCAUAAAAGAAAUCUGGCCAGAAUUGAUGGUGAAAAAGAGAAAGGAAAUCCUCCAGAACAAACCAAAAAAAAAAUGGACGAUUUCUUGAAGAAAAAAAUUGAUGCUCUCCACAGGGUGGUGCUCAUCCAUCACCUUGAGCUUCUCCCACCACCCUCACCACUUUUGUUUCACUCUUAUUGUGAUGAUCAAAAUGCACCAUAUAAGAACUUGGCCAUUAUUUUUACUGUACAUAUGCCAGUAGAGCUUAGCCCAUCUCUGCUUCCUAAAGAAGCAGAGGGAAGUGCAGAGAAAUAUCUUUCAGGUGAUGUGUGGGCAAAUAAGGCUUCGGUUGAUAAGGAUGCAGUUGCUGCUCUCCUGGUCCGCAUUGCUGACACUGUGGUGCUCAUGAAUGGUGAAACUAGUGGUUCAGCAAGGGACGUUUGUUCUGAAUUCAUUAACUAUUAGCAGUGAUUGACAGUAUGAGUUUGUGAGUUAUCGUUGCUCUGUCAGACAUGUAGGAUUUAUCAGAAUGUAGCAAAUUUAGAGUUUAGUCAACCAGGGGAUGUUGUCUUGAUUGAGCACUUAAUUAUCAGGAGUAGCCAACCAAAAAAUGUGAGAUUUUCAGGCAGGAGAAUUAGUGAAGGGACUAUUACUUUUAGGCUGAGGUAAAAUAUGUAACAAUUGAUUGCAUCCUUUUCUUAAUAGAAAGUAUGGACUUCCCUGGCUACUUUUUGUUUGUUUUCUGUAGAAUGUCAAUAAACAAAAACUAUUGGCUGUUCACAUAAUACAGUGGAUGAUUUACAAUGCAUGCAAUUCAACAACUCAAUUAGCAUUUUUAUCUGUUGGUCAAAGCUAGACCUUUCAUAUACAUGUAAAUGUUAGGCUGUGUGGCAAACUAAAGAUAGUCCAAAAGACUUGUCAAAUUUGAUGAAAAUUGUGCCACAUUACCAGUAGUUAUCCAACUUUUUCCUGUUUUUGACAUUCUUAGGCUUAUGUUUUUAUGCAUGAUUUUGCACACGAUAGUCCAAUUUUGAUUAGAAGUAAUCAAUUUUGGAAACCUGUGUUUGAUUUUGAAAAUGGGUUUCUUAUUUUGGACACUAGUGUCCCAUUUUAGACAGUUGUGUCUGAUUUGAGACACUAGUAUCUCUUUAUGGACAGUUGUGUUGUAUUUUAGACCCAAGGGUCUGAUUUUGGACACAGGUGUUUGAUUUUGGAGACUAGUAUCAGAUUUUAGACUCCAGUGUCUGAUUUUGGACAUUAGUGUUGUUAGUGUUACAAUUGUGUAUAAUUUCAGACACCUGCAUCUUAUUUUAGACAUUGGUGUUUUAAAGUUUUGACACUCAUGGAGAGAAACAAGGACACUAUCAUUGCAAUAGUUUGUGAUCAAACUUGAUAUUAUACACAAUGUAAUUUUUUCUGGUUUUUAAUAGUGAGCUCUUAGAUAUUAUCAUGAUUUAAAAUCACUAUUUUAUUCUUUAAAGUUAUAGUUUGGUUCAGGAGGCUGUUGGGAGUAUUGAAUUAAACCUUAAUUUAUACUUUUCCAAUGAAUAAUUGUACCUUGGAGUUUUCCACUAACACUACAACCAUUUUUUUUUUGGAAGAUCAGUUGUAUAGUCAUUUGGCUCUUUCCUAUUUUUGACAUUCUUUUGCUGGUGUCUUUUUGCAAGUCAAUAGAAAAUAUGUUUUACUUUGAUUUUACCAGGUUUAUUUUUCCUUCAUUGUUUGAUAUUUUUUUUCAAAAUUUUUUGAAUUCUUAUCUCCAUCAACAAUGAAUCCCUUGAAGGAAGGGGAA